GUUGAUCACCGGACGCGUAACAAUUCAAAUCGAACAGAAGAUUUAUUUUUUAAAAGAAAAGUUAGUUUUGUGUUUCUCUGCCUUCCUUUCUUUCUCACGUUCAACAUUUAAAUGCGCAAUCACUUGGAGUAGAUAAUUCUUAGAAAAUAAAGUGUCAGACGUGAAGGCGAAAGUGUUAAAAAAUGUUGUUGAUUCUACUUCUAUUGAGCUUGCUCGUUGUCUUGUUCAUUCUUUAUUACGGAAGAUCGUCAAAACGAAUGCCAAGAAAUUGGAGAGAGUUCACAAUUGAACUUAAGUAUCAAUAUUAUGGUGGAAUGGGAUUCCUGGCUGAUGUUUUAAUGAAGUUUAAGAACCAUGAAGAUCUUGUUUUAAAACCUGGAAAGGUGGCAAUUGUGACUGGAGGUAAUCGUGGAAUUGGAUUUGAAGUUGUUAAAAAGCUUCUUUUGUGUGACAUGACUGUUGUGUUGGGAGUAAGAAAUCCCGAAAUAGUAAAGAAAACGUUUGAGGACAUUUGUAAAGCAGAACAAAGAAAAGGAAAAGUUGUCAUUGAAACAUGCGACACCGCAAAAAUGGAAUCAGUCGAAAACUUUGCUAAAAAAGUUCAGGAGCGUUUUUCAGAAAUUCACGUGUUGAUUAACAACGCUGGUGUUAUGUGUACGCCUUACAGUAAAACAAAAGACGGCUUCGAGUCCCAGAUGGCAAUCAACCAUCUAGGACAUUUUCUUCUGACACAUCUGCUGAUGCCACAACUGAAGGCUGGAGGAUUGAAGAACGAUUCUCAAAACGUGAGAAUAUUGAAUGUUUCUUCAUGUGUUCACAAAGCAGCGAAGAUGGAUUAUGAUGAUUUCCAUAUGGAAAAAUUUUAUUAUCCUGUUGACUCUUACAACAAGAGCAAAUUAGCACAAGUUUACUUCACUCAACAUCUUGAUGAACUUUGUCGAAUGAGUCAUUUAAAUAUUCAAGUUCAUUCGAUUCAUCCUGGAAUUGUUCACACUGAUCUCUUCCAAAAUUGUAGCUCCGGAUAUUUUCCAUGGAUACAAAAAUUGUUUUACAAAACAGCUGAACAAGGUUCAAGGACAAUUGUUCACGCAGCAAUGUCACCGAAACUUGAAGGUCAUGGUGGCACAUACCUUUCGAAUUGUAGGAUUGCUAAAGCAACAAGAAAUCAAAAUGAAAGCAGAAAACUUUUCGAAUAUUCUUGUGAAAUUUUACAUGUUAAAGAUUUUAUGAAAUAAAAUUGUUGUUGAGUUAUCGAAUCAGUUCUUUGUUGUAUAAAGAAAAUAAUAAAAGGUUUAUUUCUAGUAAUUCUUAUAUG